AUGGCCACAGAGACUUUACCAAAGACAAUGCUGGCCUGGCAGAAGCAUCUCCCGAGCACCACGCCGGUUCGAGUGGAAGUCCCAGUCCCCACCCCAGAAGGGGACGAGAUCCUCGUUCAGGUUCUCGCCGCUGGAUUGUGUCACAGCGACUACUCGAUGAAGGAGGCGAAGGCUCUUCCACCGGAGUUCCUCAACAAGAAGAGCAAAUUCACUUAUGGCCAUGAGGGCUGUGGCAAGAUUGUUGCUUUGGGGCCGGACGUCAAAAAGUUCCAGGUUGGCGAUGUCGUGGCUAUGAUGUGUGUUCCUGGCUGUGGGAAAUCGACCUGUCACCAGUGCUCUCACGGUGCUUCUCAGAUCUGCAUGCAAGGCCUGCGCUACGGAGGUGGCGAUGAUGGCUUUAACGCCGCCUACACCAAGGUGCGAGAGAUCGCAGCAGUCAAGGUCCCUGAAGGGGUCGAUCCGGCUGCAGGCGCUGUAGCCACCGAUGCGUGCAUGACGGCCUACCACACCGUCGUCGGUCGAGCGGCGGUCAAGAAGGACGAGACGGUUUUGAUCUUCGGACUCGGCGGGUUGGGCUUCAAUGCUCUCCAAGUUGUUCUCCAUAUCGGUGCCCGCGCUGUGGUUGUCGACCAACGACAGGCUGUGCUGGACGAGGCUUUGAAAUUGGGCGUCAAGCCGGAAGAUAUCGUCCCUGCCGGCACCACUGAUGUUCCUGGAUGGGUCAAAGACCACAAUAUAUCGAUCGACAAGGUCAUUGACUUUGUUGUGGUGCCCGACACAUUUAAGGCCGGCAUACUAAGCGUUCGUCUUUCAGGAACUGUAGUUCUCGUGGGCCUGUUGAGCCCCGAAGUGCCGUUGACAUCUCCCAUUGUGGUCCGACGGGAGCUCAACAUCCUAGGUAGCUAUGCGGGCACCAUCCAGGACGUGGAAGCAUGUCUUGACCUAAUCAAAAGAAAGGUCAUCGUCCCUCAGGUUGUUAAGGGAAGUCUGAAGCAUUUCCCUACCUUGCUAGAGGAUCUCCACCAUGGCAAGAUUAAGGGCAGAGUUGCCAUGAUUCCAGAAGGCCUUGAGAGCCAUUGA